AUGGCCUCGGUGCACGGAGGAAAAUCGGCUGCUGUGGGAGCUGGUCUGUCAUUCCUUUCAGCUUCGCGGCCUCGGAUAAUUCUCUUUGGAGACAGCCUUACGGAGCGAAGCUUUGACAAUCCGGAGGGUUGGGGGUCAAGUUUGGCGUCUUUUUACGUCCGUCGAGCGGAUGUCGUCAACCGUGGGAUGUCCGGUUACAACACCCGAUGGGCCAUGGAAACCCUUCCUUACGUCUUUGGCCCCACGCUCACGCCGGGUGUUCCAUCCCCCACGGCUGCAUCUGAGCGGGUCAUGUUUGCAACGGUGUUCUUCGGGGCCAACGAUGCAGCGCGGCUUGAAGGGCCAAGCCACUCUGCGCGGCAACAUGUACCGCUGGAUGAGUACCGGUCCAACCUCAAGGAGAUGGUGAGGUACAUUAAGGCCACCGGAGUGGAGAAGGUCGUGAUUAUCACCCCACCGCCGGUGUCAGACGCGGGACGCAAAGCGGCCCAAAUCCAGAAAAUGGGCGAGCAGGCGCGCGACUGGCCAUUGGACCGGAACUUUGCGACCUCGGCCCAAUACUCCAAGGCCGCAGCGGAUGUGGCCAAGGAGCUCGGAGUGCCAUGCUUAGACUUGUUCGCUCUGCUGCAGGAGGAGGAUAGAUGGCAGGAAAGAUGUCUCUGUGACGGGCUUCACCUCACGCCGCUGGGGCAGGAGAAGCUGGGCAACCAGCUGCGCUCGCUGCUGCGGCAAGAAUGGCCGGACAUCAGGCCCAUCGACCUGCCGACUCAGUUUCCCGCAUGGGACGCAAUCAAUUUCGAGGAUGUCAAGAGCAGCUUUAUCGACACGGAGGCUGCAUCCUAACGGCAUCACCAGGCGUCGGCAUAUGUGACGGGAGGAUUGGGACUUUAGUUAACAAUCCAGUGGAUAAUCCCAGGUUCCAUGAUGCAUGGAAGGUAGGGUACAGAAGCGCAACCAGAGCUUUGUGCUUCAAACUGUGGUGUACAGAAAACGGCCGCGGUGAUGGCGCGUGACCUUGGGCC